AUGAAGAGUGACUGGUCCAAGGAGAGUCCUCCAUACUUUAGUCCUGAACCUGGACCUUCAGACACAGAUGUUUGUUGUCUGGUUGCAGUUGAACAUAAACUCAGUCUGAGGAGCAGAUGUGAAUGUGUGACUGAAGGAACUGAGGAAACAGGAAGUAGAACCCGUCUAAACCGGAUCUACACUGAGCUCUACAUCACAGAGGGACAGAGUGAAGACGUUCAUACCCAACAUGAGGUGAGGACGCUGGAGACAGUUUCCAAGAAGAUCAUCCAAGAAAGUCCAAUCAGGUGUCAGGACAUCUUCAAAGCCUUACCCGAGCAGCAGAAACCCAUCAGAGUGGUUCUGACCAACGGCGUGGCUGGAGUUGGAAAAACCUUCUCGGUGCUGAAGUUCACUCUGGACUGGGCCGAGGGUUUAGAAAACCAGGACGUCAGUCUGGUGGUUCUGCUGUCCUUCAGAGAGCUGAACCUGGUCACAGAUGAGCAGUACAGUCUGCUGACGCUGCUCCAUGUUUUCCAUCCAACAUUACAGAAAGUCACAGCAGAGCAGAUCAGCGUCUGCAAACUUCUGUUCAUCUGCGACGGCCUGGAUGAAAGCAGACUGUCACUGGAUUUCCACCACUGUCAGGUUGUUUCAGACGUCACUCACAAGUCAUCAGUCAACGUCCUGUUGACCAACCUCAUCAAGGGGAACCUGCUUCCAUCAGCUCUCAUCUGGAUAACAUCUAGACCUGCAGCAGCCAAUCAGAUCCCUCCUUCAUGUGUGGACAGGGUAACAGAGGUCCGAGGCUUCACCACUGAUGACCAGAAGGAGGAGUACUUCCAGAAGAGAUCCACUGAUGAAGAUCUGUCCAACAAAAUGAUCUCACACAUCAAGACAUCCAGGAGCCUCCACAUCAUGUGUCAAAUCCCAGUCUUCUGCUGGAUCAGUUCUACAGUUCUGGAGCACAUGUUGACUUCAGACCAGAGAGAAGAGCUGCCCAAGACCCUGACAGACCUGUACUCACACUUCAUCAUGGUCCAGACAAAGAGGAAGAAGAAGUAUGAAAAAGGACAUAAAACAAGUCUAGAAGAGCUGACAAAGGCAGACAUGGAAGUUCUUCUGAAGUUGGGGAGGCUGGCGUUUGAACAACUGGAGAAAAGAAACAUGAUGUUCUACCAAGAAGACCUGGAUCAGUGUGGUCUGGACGUCACAGAGGCCUUGGUGUACUCAGGAGUUUGUACAGAGAUCUUCAAAAGAGAGACUGUGAUCUUCCAGAAAACAGUCUACUGCUUUGUUCAUCUGAGUGUUCAGGAGUUUCUGGCUGCAGUCUACAUCUACCACUGUUACACCAGCAACAACACAGAGGUUCUGAAGAGGUUUCUGGGAGACUCACUUUUCACAAACAUUUUCAGGUGUUUCACAGGCAGUGACAGCCUGGAUGUUUUCCUCAGAAAAGUCAUGAAAAAAUCCCUUCAGAGUGAGAACGGACACCUGGAUCUGUUUGUUCGUUUCCUCCAUGGCCUCUGUCUGGAGUCCAACCACAGACUUUUAGGAGGUCUGCUGGGUCCAAAAGAGAACAGACCAGAGAGCAUCCAUAAAGUCAUCAAGAACCUGAAGGAGAUGAACACUGAGGACAUCUGUCCUGACAGAAGCAUCAACAUCUUCCACUGUCUGACGGAGAUGAAGGACCAAACAGUCCAUCAGGAGAUCCAAGAGUUCCUGAAGUCAAAGAAGAGAUCACGGAAGAAACUGUCUGAGAUCCAGUGUUCAGCUCUGGCCUGCAUGUUGGAGAUGUCAGAGGAGGUUCUGGAUGAGCUGGAUCUGAAGGAAUACAACACAUCAGAUGAAGGAAGACGCAGACUGAUCCCAGCUGUGAGGAACUGCAGAGAGGCCAAACUUUCUCAAUGUGGACUCUCACAGACUCACUGUGAAGUUGUGGCCUCAGCUCUGAAGUCUAAUCCUUCACAUCUGAGAUUGUUGGAUCUGAGUCACAACGACCUACAGGAUUCAGGAGUGAAACUGGCGUCUGGACUGGAGAGUCCAAACUGCAGACUGGAAACUCUGAGGUUGGAUAACUGCAGUUUGUCAGAGAUCAGCUGUUCUUCUGUGGCCUCAGCUCUGAAGUCCAAUCCAUUCCAUCUGAUAGAACUGGUUCUGGAUGACAACAACCUCCAGGAUUCAUCAGUGAAGGAGCUGUGUGAUUUCCUGCAGAGUCCACAUUGUAAACUACAGACACUGGGGUUGUAUAAAUGCAGUUUGUCAGAGAUCAGCUGUUCUUCUGUGGCCUCAGCUCUGAAGUCCAAUCCGUUCCAUCUGAUAAAACUGAAUCUGAAUGGAAACAACCUCCAGGAUUCAUCAGUGAAGGAGCUGUGUGAUUUCCUGCAGAGUCCACAUUGUAAACUACAGCAUCUGAGGUUGAAUAACUGCAGUUUGUCAGAGAUCAGCUGUUCUUCUGUGGCCUCAGCUCUGAAGUCCAAUCCUUCACAUCUGAUAGAACUGAGUCUGAGUGGAAACAAGCUGAAGGAUUCAUCAGUGAAGGAGCUGUGUGAUUUCCUGCAGAGUCCAGAUUGUAAACUACAGACACUGAGGUUGAAUAACUGCAGUUUGUCAGAGAUCAGCUGUUCUUCUGUGGCCUCAGCUCUGAAGUCCAAUCCAUUCCAUCUGAUAAAACUGGAUGUGGGUCGAAACAACCUCCAGGAUUCAUCAGUGAAGGAGCUGUGUGAUUUCCUGCAGAGUCCACAUUGUAAACUACAGCAUCUGAGGAUGGAUAACUGCAGUUUGUCAGAGAUCAGCUGUUCUUCUGUGGCCUCAGCUCUGAAGUCCAAUCCUUCACAUCUGAUAGAACUGAGUCUGAGUGGAAACAAGCUGAAGGAUUCAUCAGUGAAGGAGCUGUGUGAUUUCCUGAAGAGUCCACAUUGUAAACUACAGCGACUGUGGUUGCAUUACUGCAGUUUGUCCAAAAUCAGCUGUUCUUAUCUGACAGCAGCUCUGAAGUCCAAUCCCUCACAUCUGAUAAAACUCGACUUACGUUGGAACAGCCUGAAGGAUUCAGAUGUUAAAGAACUGGAGGACCUUGUUCAGAGUCCACACUGUAAACUGGAGAUACUGGAAUGGAAAUGAUCUGUGGAACAGUCACUGUGAUCAGGACUGUGUGAGGAUCAGCUGAGUCCAGAUGAUCGACACAUGUUAAAGCAGCAGCACAUCCUCAGUUCAUUCUCCUCCUGUCAGUUCAACAUGGAGCUGCUCAGUUCUUCUCCUCAGUUCUUCUCCUCAGUUCUUCUCCUCAGUUCUUCUCCUCAGUUCUGCUCCUCAGUUCUUCUCCUCAGUUCUUCUCCUCAGUUCUUCUCCUCCACUCCUCAGUAAAAACACCCACACACUUCGACACCUCAGAACAUUCUGACUUUGAUUUUGUUGGAGUUUGUAUGAUUCAGGUUUUUGUCCAUAUUGGAACAAACAGCUGUUUGUUUCUGUUCAGUAUAAAUACAGGCGCCUUUUUCACUUCAACACUUUCACUUGCACAUGUAGCUUUUGAUGGCACAGCACUUUAAACAAACAUAUUUACACAUAGAAAAUAACUGAACAUGAUUGGUUUUAAAAGUAGUUUAUUGAUGAUUUUAUUGUCUUUCCUUUUCAGUUUUUACAUCCGGUGGCUCUAGCAUUUUAACUGAUGACUGCUUGGCCCUGGAGAAAAAGGGAGACAUAAAUUAGAUCCAAACAGAAGUGAUGCAGUAGAAAUGUGUAAUAUUUAGGGAUGUAACGAUAUGAAAAUUUCAUAUCACGGUUAUUGUGACUAAAACUAUCACGAUUAUCAUUAUUAUUGCGGUAUUGUUGAAAUUGUGCUCAAAAUGUUCAAAAAG